AUGCUGAAACUCCCCCCAACCCCAACCUCCCUAGAAAACAUACAAAACCAACACCCCAACACCAAAAGCUCAAUCAAAACCAACAGAAACCACCCAACCUCCCCACUCACAUCAGAAAACCCCAAACCAACCCAACCAAACCCCGAACCCGCAGCCCCUCCCUUCCGCAGCGUCUCCGCCUGCAACAGAUGCCGUCUCCGCAAACACCGCUGCGACCAACGCCUCCCGCGCUGCGAAUCAUGCGAGAAAGCCAACGUCCGCUGCGUGGGCUACGACCCCCUCACAAAACAAGAAGUCCCCCGCAGCUACGUAGCCUUCCUAGAAAGCCGCGUGAACUACCUCAACCAAGUCCUCCUGGACCACGGCAUAAGAUUCAAGCCCGCCAUCGCCUACGACGAGGAAGAGACGCUGAAAAUGGAAACCGGACAGGUACCAUUUGAGUCUUUGGGACUGAGGAAGAGCGCAUUACCGACGCAGAACCAGACGCAGAACGGGACGGGGAUAGCGCGCACGUCCCGGAAGAGGAAAUCGCACGACUCCAUCCCGGCACGACAGGCCAAGCGCUUGGCGCAGUUGAACGUCCUUCUUACGGAGUUGUUGACGGAUGGCUGUGAACAUCGACCAUGUUCGCGUGGGCCGGAUUAUGGUGCGGGUAGACAUGUGCCGGAGGACGCGGUUGAGCAGAGACUGCCUUGGUCGCCGCGGAGCUUUGAUUCCGUUGAUCAUUGUGAUACUCGUACGACGAGGUCUGAGUCUGUGUCGUCGCUUGAGCCGUAUCAGUACCCCAGGAUGAAUUCUGGGUAUGGGUCUUCUCUGUUUGGUGCGAAGGGUAUUUUGGGACCGGAUCAUGGACAGGAAGUACAUGAUGUCAAGGGACAGCCUGGGUUCGAGCUUGAUUUGGUGGAUUUCGAGUCUGGGAUAGCCAAUGCCAGGUCCAUUGGGGGUGGUAAACCGGGGAAUACUGAUCGACAUUUGAAUAUGAGUCGGGCUUCGUCGGAGGAGAGUCGUUCUAGUCCUGAGCCUAAGUUUGAUAUUGCGGCUGAUCUUCUUCGGGGGCGGAGGGAGAGGGAGAGGGCUAAUUAUGAUUUAUUGGAUGAAUUUCUUGUUGACUGGGCUGAGUGA